UCAGCACAAAAAGAAGGGUACCCAAUAAGCCAAUUAUGCCUUAUUAUAUAUCACCUAACACCAAUUCACUUUUCUUCUUCAACAUAUGGCCAUGGCUGAAAGAGAACAAAUCAAGCCCUUAGCCCCAACUGGCUACCAAACCAGCAGUAGUGAUGAAGAAAAAUUCCUUCCCAAGCAUUUGAAAUAUCACCAUAGAAAAUGCAUCAAGUGCUUUGGCUGCUUCACUGCCCUCUUGUUAAUCAUAGCAGUUAUCAUGUUAGUCCUAGCCUUCACUGUCUUUCACAUAAGAGAUCCAAUGGUGAGGAUGAACGGUUUGACUCUCACAAAUCUAAACCUCUCCAAUGAAACUUUACGUCAAGAUUUUAAUGUCACACUCAUCGCUGAUGUCUCUGUGAAGAACCCCAACGCAGCAACGUUUAGGUAUGAUAAUAGUACUACGACUAUUUAUUAUCAUGAUGCAGUUGUGGGUGAGGCUAGAAUUCCAUCGGGAAAGGCUAAGGCUAGGCGUACAGUGAGGAUGAACAUGACUGUGGAUAUCAUUGCCAGCAAGGUUUUGGCUGUUCAAAAUAUCAGUAGUGUUCUUAUUUCAGGACAAUUGAAUGUGAGCAGCUAUACAAAAAUCACUGGCCGGGUAAAGGUUUUGAACAUUGUAAACAAACAUGUUGUGGUGACUAUGAAUUGCACCGUGACCUAUAAUUUUUUGAGCCAGGGGAUUCAGUAUCAGGAUUGCCAUCCAUAUGUUCAUGUCUAGGAUUUUAAUAAUGUAUUUUUUAUUUUGGAAAUUCGGAUUCAGUUUUUUUUUC